AUGAAUAAUUAUACUGACAUCAGUGUCAUGACCAGGUUAAAUUAUUUUAAUCUAAUUAAUGCAUCUGAUUAUUCUACUUCUGCUGCUUCUGCUUCUGCCACUAUUAUUUACUGUCUGCAUUCUGCCUCUGCUCUGCUAACUACUGCUACUGCUUCAUCAUUACUGCUACUAUCUAUCAUUAUCUCUCUGUCUUCUUCUGAUACCAACAGGAUCUCUGUCUAUCAAAUAGCAGGUAUUAGGGCCUCUGUCCAGUUCACAAAGCCAGUUCUGGAGAAGCAGAAGAAGAAAGAGAAGAAGAAGAAGAAGAAGAAGAAGAAAAAGAAGAGAGAGAAGAAGAAGAAGAGAGAGAAGAAGAAAGAGAAAGAGAAUUAUAAUAAUAACAAGAAUAAUAAUGAUGACAAGAAUAAUAAUAAUAAUAAUGAUAAUAAACUUGUUAUUUAG